AUGGUCUGUUGCUGCCGCUGUCCCCAAGGCUCCAGGUUUAUGAAUGUUCAAGGUCUGUACUGGGCCUUCUCUCCUCCUCGCAGGGACCACUCAAGAUCUGUGCUAGGCUCGCUCGAGGUCUGUGUGGUCCAUCACCGAUGCCAUCGAGCUCAAGAGUAUGGAUUUAUUAACACAUGUUUGAAGUCUUUGAUUAUAGAAAAAUUCGGAGAAGAAACAUGGGAGAAACUGAGAAUCGCUGCUGAAGUCCCAGACACUUUUAUGACAUUUAAAAUAUAUGCGGACGAUAAUACAAUGAGACUGGUGGAAGAAGCUUGCAAAUUGUUAGAUGUGGAGCCAGCUAUGGUGUUACACCAAUUUGGAGAGUAUUUUUUUGAGUUUUGCAAGAGAUCUGGAUAUGAUCACAUGCUCCGUACUCUGGGAGGUAACCUAAUGGAGUUCAUUGAGAACCUUGAUGCAUUACACAGUUACCUUUCAUUAUCCUAUCAGGAGAUGAAUGCACCAUCCUUCAGGGUGGAAAAAAAUGAAGACAAUUCCAUGCUACUGCAUUAUUAUUCCGACAGGAGAGGACUGUGUCACAUUGUCCCUGGCAUACUUGGUGCAGUGGCCCUGGAUUUUUUUAAUAGUGAAAUCACGAUGGAUAUUGUGAAUCAGAUGGAAGAGGAAGAACGAACGGGUAAAAAGGAACAUGUUGUUUUUCUGGUAACUCAGAAACCAGCAUAUUCACAUAAACGACGCAGCAGGUUAUCUGCGAAGCCACAGUAUCUGUCUGAUAGGUGCAAACAAAGUGAAAAACAGUUAAAUAAACUGGACUUGGAAAGAGCAAUGGCCAAGAUUAGAAGCAAAGCCUCUGGAUCCCCUGUCAGGAAAAACCACUGGGAAACAGUUCGUGGGAUUGUCAAAUUGGGAAAAGGCAAGUUAUUAAGGGGCUUUGAGCCAGUCUAUCCAGAGAGAUUGUGGGUUGAUGUAAAAACAUUUUGCAAUUCUUUUCCUUUUCACAUUGUCUUCAAUGAAGAGCUUAGGGUAAAACAAGCAGGGAUAAAUAUACAGAAGCUGGUCCCAGGACUUCAAACAAUGGACAUCCGACUUGAUGAAUACUUCAACAUUGUUCACCCGGAAGUAACAUUCAAAAUAUCAAGUGUGCGGAAAUUUAUUAAUAGCUUAUUUGUGUUAAGAACAAAACGGGAAAUGAUGCCAGAAUCAUGGAAGCAUCGUCCAAUGUUGGAACUAAGAGGUCAAAUGGUGUGGAUGGAAUAUUUACAAUGCAUGUUGUAUCUGUGCUCCCCUCUGCUGCGUAGUUUACAUGAGCUGGAAGAGAGGUGCAUGCACAUUUCUGAUAUCGCCUCUCACGAUGUGACCAGGGACCUCAUUCUUCUGAAUCAGCAGAGACUUGCUGAGAUGGAAUUAUCUAAUCAGCUUGAAAGAAAGAAAGAAGAACUAAGAAUUCUGUCCAAACAUUUAGAGGAAGAAAAGAAGAAAACAGAAGCAUUGCUGUAUGCAAUGCUACCAAAGCAUGUGGCGAACCAGCUCAAAGAAGGCAAAAAAGUUGAGGCAGGUGAAUUUAAGGAGUGUACCAUACUGUUCAGUGAUGUUGUGACAUUUACAAGUAUCUGUGCGCAGUGUGAACCAAUUCAAAUAGUGGUUAUGCUCAACACCAUGUACUUGAAGUUUGACAGACUAACCACAGUCCAUGAUGUCUAUAAGGUGGAGACAAUAGGAGAUGCCUACAUGGUGGUUGGAGGAGUCCCUGUGCCAGUUUCUACACAUGCUGAGCGAGUAGCAAAUUUUAGCUUGGGAAUGAUCAUAGCAGCUAAAGGUGUAACAAAUCCUGUGACAGGAUCACCUAUCCAGAUAAGAGUUGGAGUAACCACCGGCCCAGUUCUGGCUGGAGUAGUUGGUGAAAAGAUGCCUCGAUAUUGCCUUUUUGGAGAUACAGUCAACACAGCUUCAAGAAUGGAAAGCCACGGUGUACCAAACAAGAUCCACCUCAGUCCUAGCGCUUUCCGAGCACUUAAGGAUAAAAACUUUGAAAUACAUGAAAGGGGUGAAAUUGAAGUUAAAGGGAAAGGGAAGAUGUGCACUUACUUCCUCAUUAGAAAUCUGGUUGCAUCAGAAAACGAAAUCCUGGGCAGGCCAUUAAGGGAGUCUGAUUCUGGCCGAGAAUCUCUGCUGUCCCUACCUGAAUCAAAGGCAGAAUAUGUCAACCAAAAAGGUAAAACUUUAACACAAAAGCCCACAAAUGAUGAAAUGCAAGCUAAAUGUUCUGAUGCGUGUGGAGGACUGAAGCAGCAAAUCUUCAAUUCUCCAAGAAAAAUACAGCCUUUUCAAAAGAUAUGGUGAUGAUGAAAGAAGUCAGUUCUGGAUUUAAUUUUGAAUUUAUUUUCAUAAUCACAAAUUUAUAAGUGUAAAUCCAGGUCAAAAUGAUUUUUGGUGUUGCAAACAAGGAGUUCAGAUUAAGUUUAGUCUUCAGGCAAAAUAAAGUCUGAGGGCUAUUCGGAGCAGGAUUGCAAUUUAGUACCCAUUUAAUUUGACUUCAUAGCAUACUUUACAGCUAAGAACAGAAUACAGCUGUUGCACUGCAAAGAAACCAUAUUUGAGUAUAGCAAUUUAUCUGCAGUGCUGGCAGAGGGCGUAAGAAGCUGGUUCUGAAACUUGCUUUGUUGAAGGAUCUCACUUAUAUACUACAAUACUAUGUAAUAUUCAUAUUAUGAAAGUACUGCAUAUAAGGAAGGUUUUAAAAAUGUUUAUGGGAAAACAAUGUGAAUGCUUACUUACAUGUAGUAUUGAGUUGUGCGUAUCUAUUUUUCACUGUGUGAUGUCCAUCCGUCAUCUGAUGUUUGACAGUGACAAUUGUAAAUCAUUCAAUAUAAAAGCCAACAUCACUUAUCUUUUGGAGAAGAGUGAAUGGAAUUAAAGUAUGUAGUCAUCCAAAUGACUCCUCAGACGCAUUUCCAGGGGCAUCCAGAUCUUUUUAAUAAGUCAGGACAGUUUGUGACUUGGAGUGCAACUUGCAGGUGGUGUUCCUAUAAGUCCGUUGCCCUUGAUCUGAUAGGUGAUACGGGCAACAGACUUGGAAGCUGC